AGAACACGCGUGGCUGUCAGACAAGACGAAGCAACAGCAUCACAGCACAAGACCAGACUCGUGAGAGCUCCCAUUAAAGAAGCAUCAUGCAGGGUUUUCCCACUCUCAAGUGUUGCACGGUCGCGCUAUGCUUCUUAAUACUGGCCGCAGACUUCGUGACCAGCGCGCCAUCUUACAGCGAUUAUGAAAGUGUCCGCGACCUGUACGAGCUUUUGAUGCAGAAGGAGGCUUUGGAGAACCGACUGCAGCAGCAAGGUCAGCAUGACAUCGUGAGGAAGGCGAACCGAUCGCCCUCACUGAGACUGCGCUUCGGACGACGGGCUGAUCCCCUGCUGACGGGUUCACCCUUCUCAGAGCAUUCUUCAGUGGAAAGCUCCAUAGCAGAGAAUUAGGUGAUACAUCAUUUCCAGAGCAUCACCAUGAAAACCCGCCACAGUGUUGUUUGAUCAGUGCCGAUCCGUUUAUCUAAUUUAAAUAAAUAUGUUUAAGCUGUCUUCAAAACUGAAUUUUCCAAUAUGAAAAUAAAAAUUGCCUCAACUGCCUCUUGUAAAUAAAACAGUUUAGUUCAAUACUUGAGCAUAAUGUGGUAGCUAGUCAACUAACCUCUAAAACACAUUCAAAUAUUCUCAGAAUAUUCUGAACAUUACAUUCUUGUAAACGUUUGCUUCACAAUUUGACUCCACUAAAACUGAUCUGUACUAAUAACUAAACACACGCACAAAUAUGACCUGUCUUUUUCAGAUUUCAGCUAUUUUGCUCUAUCAGUGUUUUAUUGUGUCAUAUGCCAUCCAUUUUUGAUCACUGUGGUUGAAAUAUGCGGGAAAAUUUUGAAUACACCUAAACACUGCCUUUCUUUUAAUCUGUCCAGGCACUUUCUGUCAUAAACUUGAGCAGCAUUGGGCAUCAUAUACAAAGGCAAACACAGCUUCCAAAGGCCACACUUCAAUUUCUGAUAUUGUCGUAAUGUUUCCUUUAUGGUUAGUAGGAUAACUGUACUUUUGAUGGUGAAACAAAUACUCAAAUUUGUUAACCUUACCAACACUAAAAUAUUUCCUGUACCUAUAAAUAAUCUGGUAAUAAAUUCAGUGUUGAUGAACAGUUUCACAGGAGUCGUACUGUGUCAGGGGGUAGAAAAUUAAUCUGAAAUUGGAGUAAAUUCUUCUUCACAAUUAACAGAUGUCUAUUACUGUCAUGAAAACAAAUUAAACUUUGGCAUCACACAGAAUAUAACUGUAUGUAGAUACAAAACCAUACACAAUCUACUAUAAAAUUACUGUCUGUAUAAAUUAUGUACUGUACUAUUAGGAUAAUAAAGUAAUUUAUACAGAUAUAUGCAUAUAUCUCAUGCCUUUUUGCUUGCUCUUGUACUAACCUGUAUUGGUAUUUUGGAUGUAAAAAAUUAAUAAAGAGAUGUUGUGGCAUAUGA